CUGGAGGUCAGCGUCCUGCAGGCAGCCGAAGGCCGCGACGGGAUGACCAUCUUUGGGCAGCGGCAGACCCCCAAGAAGCGGCGAAAGUCGCGCACGGCCUUCACCAACCACCAAAUCUAUGAGUUGGAGAAGCGCUUCCUCUACCAGAAGUACCUGUCCCCUGCCGAUCGCGACCAAAUUGCUCAGCAGCUGGGCCUCACCAAUGCUCAGGUCAUCACCUGGUUCCAGAAUCGGCGUGCCAAGCUCAAGCGGGACCUGGAGGAGAUGAAGGCCGAUGUGGAGUCCCCGGCCAGCAGCCAGGACUGCUCGGAGGACGAGGAAGACGAAGAGAUCGACGUGGACGAUUGAGCGGCGCAAGGGAUUUUCUGCCGCCCCGGGCUCUUAGGGCCAUAUGCCCUCCGCCUCCCGGACCGGACCGCUGAGGGGAGCUGGGACCUCCUCUGCACCUCCCGCCUUCUCCCCUGUCCCUGGCCGGGACUCGGCUCCCGGCAGCCGCCUCUUCCCUCUCGAAGCAAUAAACCCGGGCUGGCCGGCGGAGCCGGCCGCCGCGCGCGGCAUCCGCUACCCCGGGAGCCCUCGCCGUACAAUUCUGUAUGGCUUCCGUAUAAAUAUUUAAACCUAUAUACCGGGUUCUUCCGACCGCAGCCUGACUUUUUUUCUUUUAUUUUUUAAAACCUCGGAGAUUUCCAUGUUUUCAAAGCUCUUAGGCUGCUGGUUUUGCUGAGGGUGAGGCAGAAUCGAGGGUGACGAACACUUAACCCUGCGGUCUGGAGGAGGGGGCGCCCGAUUGUUCUGAUUUUUCUCUGCAUGUGGCGAAUGCACCGGCCCUCUCCCUCCUCGCCUUCCUAGGCCUAUUGCAGUUGACUUCUUUUAUUUCCUUCUGCCUUUUCCCCUCCGGCCGUGGGAAGGGGCUGAUGGGGGCAUCCGGGUCCUGACUUGCAAGUUUCAAAUUGAUGUUUUCUUCCCCCUACCCCUCCCACCACAAGAGAAGUCUGUUUUCGAUGCCAUUUCUGCCUCCUAACGCCCAGUAAAACUAUUUUAAAGAUUCCUCCCCACCCUCUCUUGGUUUCCUUGGACUGACUACUGGGGUCCAGGUCUUAAGGACAAAGCAAAUCCAUACAAUCAACCAACCAACCAACGAAAAUGGAACCCAAAGCCCUAGAAUUAUUUUUUACUCUUUUUAGAAUUUUUUUUGCAUGUGACAGAGAUUGAGAGGAGGCCGACCUAAGUCCUCACCCCACCUCCUCCACAGCUCUGGGUCUGUCUUGCAGUCUCCAAUGCCGUACUCCUAGCUCAACAUGGCCAGACAAGGGUGGCCGGAUGAGGGUGGAUCCCGCGUGCUACUUCCCUGCUCUCGCCCUGCUCUUUCUUCUCCGACUGUACCCAAGGCCUCUUUCUCCAAUAAAUAAAGUCUUUGCCAUUUUACUAGAA